ACGCCCGGAGCAGCCCCUCCUCCUGCCUCAUAACUUCUUCUUCCAAGCGUGCAGGGAGUUUCACUGCAGCCCAGCCGAUGCUGAUGCCUGUUCCUGGGGCUGUUGGACCCUCUCAUCCAUAGGGAGAAGCCAACGCACGGUGGCGUGGCCCAGAUGAGUGACUCUCCAGGCUGUGUGCUGAGUCCAGGAACCAAGAAGAAUUUCUUCCCAAGGAAAAGGAAAAUGUAUGCCCAGAUCCUUGUCCUGGCAGCAGCUGCAGUGCAGUACGGAUCUGUGGCCAUCCAUGAAGCAUGCAGGACGGCGGAGGUGGCAGAUGUUUUGCUCCUCGUGGGACAGUCGCAGGGCACAGGGAAGGAGAGCUCCCGCCUGGUCAAGGACUUCAUCAGCAGCGUGGCCCGUUCCUUUGAGAACAUGGUGAUGGGCAAAGGAGGCGUCCGGCUGGCAGUGGCACUCUAUGGGGAGAAACCAAGGAUGAUCAUUGAGCUCACGGAUUAUGUGACCAUUGAGGAAAUGCUGGUGGCAAUUCAGGAUAUCUCCUUCAAAUGCAACACCUUAAAAACAGGGUCAGCCCUGGCAUUUGCAGCUCAUGCCAUGUCUCGCUUGGACACGGUGAGAGAAGAUGCAGCAAAGGUGGUUGUUCUGAUCACGGAUGGGAAAUCCAGCGACUCAGUUGAAGAUGAAGCCCAGGUCCUGCAGGAUGGAGGGGUGACAGUGUUUGCUGUAGGAAUUAAGGAUGCUGACAGGAAUGAACUGAACAAAGUAGCUUCAGAGCCCAGUGCAGAGCAUGUGCUUUAUGUUGAAGAUUUUCACCUGCUCAACAACGUGGCCCCCAAACUUUCCCGAAGACUCUGUUUCACUGCCUCGGAGCCACCACGGCCCAUCAAGCAGACAGUGCAAGCUGAGAAGAUCACUGGUCCCCAAGAUCUGCACGUCAGUGAGCACAGCCACAGCUCGCUGCGCCUCACCUGGAUGCCAGCUACAGGGAGGGUGAUGGAGUACCAUGUCCAUCUGCAUCCCUUGAUGCCUUCGGGACAGCCGGUUUUGGAGGACCAGCAGCAGAUUGUGGUGGAUGGUGACAAAAGCACCGUGCUUGUGACUGAUCUGAAACCCAGCACCAAGUAUGUCUUCAAGGUGAGAGCUGUCUAUGGAGAUGCCCUUGGGGAGUCAGCAGCUGUCAAGGGGAAAACAACCCCUUUGCCUCCGGUCACUAAUUUCCGUGUGAUAGAAGAAGGACUUUACAGCUUGAAGGUGGCUUGGACACCUCCACUGGGCAAACUGGAGGGCUACAAGAUCUACAUCUCCAAAGCCAACAGACCAGGAAUGACCUACAAGAAGGUCCUGCGGGGUGAUGUCUCUUCCCAUGUGCUGGGUAACUUGCAGGAGGAUAGAGAAUACAGCAUCAGCAUCUAUGCAGUGUAUCCCCAGGGGCCAAGCCAGCCUGUGGCUGCUGUGGGGAGAACAUUGAAGCUCCUGCCUGUGAAAAGCAUCUUGCUGCAGAAUGAAACCACCAACGCUCUCCAGGCAAGGUGGAGCCCUGUCCAGGGAGCAACAGGAUACAGGCUCACUUGGACAUCAGCAGAGGGCAGCAUCCAGGAUGUGAACCUCAGCAGCACCUACAACUACUACAUGAUCCAGGGGUUGCAGCCUGGCACAGAGUACACCGUCACCGUCAACCCCAUCUUUGGGGAUGUCGAGGGACCAGUGGUGAGCAGUAAAGCAAUGACAGUGGCAUCAAGCACAGUCCAGAUGCUGAAAGUGAGUGAGAUAUCCAUCAACAGUGCUCUGGUUUCCUGGGACUCGGUUGCUGGGGCCACAGGGUACCGAGUGGCUUGGGGUCCCACACCAGAGUUCUUUGGCAAAGACCGUCCUCACCAGCUGGCCCUCAACAAGUCAACCACAGCCUACACGCUCCGCAACCUGGCCCAUGACACCGAGUAUGUGAUUUCCCUCUAUGUGCUUUUUGGCUCAGUGGAGGGACCAGGGAUCACAACUUCAGCCAAAACAUCUCCUCUUGGCUAUGUGUCCAAUUUCAAGGUGAUGUCCUACACCAGCACAAGCCUGUCUAUAGCCUGGAGUGCCACAGCAGUGGCCACCAAAUUCAAAGUCACCUGGAGCCCUGUUGGGGCAGGCAAAGGAAACCAGGUUGCCAAGACUCAAUACCUGGGCAGUAAUGUGUUGUCUUAUCGGAUCAACCACUUGCUGCCCAACACCCUGUAUAAAGUCAGUGUUCGGGCUGUCUUCAGCAAGGCCGAGGGGCCAGAGGUGACCCUGACUCACCGCACAGCAUCUUCUGGAGACUCCAACCCCAUCCGGACCAUCCAGGAUCUGAGGAUUACUGACACUAGCAUAAAUAGUUUGAAGCUGUCUUGGAAGAGGCUUCCUGGAGUAACUCACUAUAAGAUAUCCUGGGUGCCAUUCAAUGGUGGCUUGGAAACCUCCCAGCUGGUUGCAGCAGAGACAAACUCCUUCACGAUCCCCAAACUGAAGGAGAGCACCACCUACACCAUCUGCGUGUCUGCAGUGAUCAGGGGAAAGGAGGGAAGCCCCACACUCCUCACAGCCAAAACCUUGGAUUUACCCAAAGUGACCGAGUUCACAGUGCAGGAGGCUGCAGAGACCAGCAUUGUGCUGACUUGGAGGGCUGUUCCUGGAGCAUCCAUGUACAUGUUAACGUGGCGCUUGUCCUCAGCUUCUGAUGUUUCCCAGGAGCUGUUAUCAGCAGCUUCGAGGUCGUAUCGAGUGAUGGGACUGAGCGCCAAGGAGAUGUAUUUGUUUUCUAUAAGACCAAUCUUUGGCGAUACUGAGGGACCAGAGACAACUCUCCUUGGGCAAACAGUGGGACCUCACAUAGGGUCACCUGCGCUAAUCAUUCCAAGUGAAUUGGAUAUGAUGAGAUCUACAUCCGUAUCUCCCAGCAAUGUGGGGACCGCUCCUCUUCCACUGGCCACCAGCACAAAUCUACCACCAACCCCAGAGACCCCACUAUCAACCACUGCAGUGUCUGCACUGCUGACGACUGUCCCUGGACCAAUCUGUGGCAAGCUCAAAGCAGACAUCGGGUUCCUGGUGGAUGAAUCCUCGAGCAUUGGCCAGAGCAAUUUCAAGAAAGUGAAGGAUUUCCUCUUCCGGAUCAUUUCCUAUUUCCCUAAGAUUGGGCCUGAGGGGACACAGGUUGCUGUUGCUCAAUACAGUGAGGAGCCCAGGACAGCCUUCUACUUCAACCAGCACCAUGACCGCAACAGUGCCCUGAAAGCUAUCAAGGGCCUGCACUAUACUGGAGGCAACACAAGAACGGGUCGUGGUAUGACCUAUAUGCUGAAGGAGUUAUUUCAGUCCUCCAAAGGGAUGAGACCAGAUUUCCCUCACAUGAUGGUGCUUGUGACUGAUGGGCAAUCCCAGGAUGAUGUGUUGCCACCAGCCAGAGUAGCCCAUGCUUUGGGGAUCCGCAUCAUUGCUGUGGGUGUCUCAGGAGCUGACCCCAUUGAGCUCAACAGCAUCUUGCUGCAGCAGAACCUCCAGAAUGUGUUCUACGUCAGCACAUUCGAUGACCUACCUCAUAUCCUCAGAGAGCUCAUAGAAGUCAUUUGUUCUGACCCUCAGCCUUCAGGGACCCAGCUACCAUCUGGAGAGGUUGCCAGGCAUGAAGCUGACAAGCGGUUGCUGUUUGGUGACGCAGAGAGCAAGCCACACGUCCCUGAUCCGUCAUCAACCGAGCCACAUAUCCAAAGAGAAGAGAAGGCUUGUGGUCCUUGGUGUUUAAAGAGCUCCAGGGGCUCACCAGCUCAUGGUGGCUAUGACCCAUACAGCUUUACUACAAAGGGAGAGAAAGGAGAGCGGGGUCUACCUGGGAAGGAUGGCAUUCCUGGACUGCCGGGCAGACCGGGGCGGACAGGUCCUCCUGGUCCCCCUGGACUCAUGGGUCCUCCUGGCAUCCAAGGAGCCAUUGGAUCUCCUGGCUAUCCGGGACCAGCGGGGCCAAAAGGAGACAGAGGUGAACCAGGCUAUGUCCUGGGAGGAGUGGAGGUGAUUCCUGGACAAAAUGGGCAGCCUGGACCCCCUGGAGAAAAAGGACAGCCGGGGGUUCCUGGGGUAACAGGACCACCAGGUUUACCAGGGCCACAGGGGCCACCAGGGAUCCCCAUCAAGGGUGAACCAGGGGAUUCAGGAAUCAGGGACCCUCGUGGGAGGAAUGGCCUCAAGGGUGACAGGGGAAGCAUGGGAGAGCCGGGGAAACCUGGCUUGCCAGGCCCUGUGGGGCCACAUGGUGUUCCUGGGCUGCCUGGACCAAGGGGAGAAAAGGGGAUUGCAGGAACUGGCAUUCCCGGCACUGCUGGAAUGAAGGGGGAGAAAGGAGAGCAGGGGGUUAUGGGACCUCCAGGAGCACCAGGACCAAAGGGUAACAAAGGGCAAGGAGGUGUUAAAGGGGAAAAGGGACUCCCAGGACCUCCAGGGCAGAAAGGAGACCAAGGAAACCCAGGAUUUCCAGGUGCUCCAGCUAUGGGGGUUUUGGGACCUCCAGGAAAGAAAGGUGUCAGGGGAGACAUUGGACCAGCUGGGGCCUUGGGACCACAAGGAGACAAAGGAAUCCAAGGAGACAAAGGAGAGAAGGGAAGUCCAGGUUUCGGCAUUCCCGGUCAACCUGGUCUAAAGGGAGACCCAGGCGACAGGGGAAAUGUAGGUUUGUCUGGCAAACCAGGGCAGAAGGGGGAUACAGGUCUGAAGGGACAGAAAGGUGAACCAGGAUUACCUGGGAAACCAGGCAAGACCGGACAAAGAGGUAAAGAUGGAGAAGCAGGGAGGAAAGGCACCUCUGGGACCAAGGGGGAAGCUGGUGUCCCUGGAGAGCCAGGAAAGAGAGGAAUCAGGGGUCCACGAGGGCUCCCAGGACGGCCUGGAGAGAAGGGGAUAAAAGGCGACACCGGACAACCUGGAAAGGAUGGAAUCACUGGAGAGAAGGGAGACAAGGGUGAAUCUGGUGAGCCUGGGCUGCCUGGCACUCCUGGAAGCACUGUAUCUUCUCUGGAGACCACCAUCACCCUGAAAGGUGACAAGGGGGAUCGUGGGAGGGAUGGAUUGAAAGGCGAAAGAGGUCCUCCCGGCCCAAAGGGAGAACCAGGUCCACCAGGCAAAGGAGUGGAAAUGCAGGAUCUGGAGAGGCUUUUUGAAGCAAAUGGUAUCAAGCUGGCACUGCUGAAGGACCUCUCCAACGCGCUCCUGCGAGAUGGGCUGGAUGUGCUGGUGCAGCAGCUCAGCGGCUCCAAGACAAGCCAGACCUCCAUGAGAAAGCCAGCAGCUCUGCAUGUCAUUGAGCACAGUAGUCCUUCUGCUGGUGGUUCUGAACCUGAGCAUCAGUCCCUAGGAGACCCUCCUGAGCCCUUGGAGAAAACACCUGAGGAAGGAAGGAAGCAGAGAGACUCAAAAGGGACAAACACUUCUCUCAGCAGUAGCUUGGCUGCACCCCCAUCACACCCAGAAGAUGAUCUACAAGGAAAUCAGUCCAUGGAGCUUCAGGAGUCCUUGGAGGACAGGGUGGAAGGACAACCACAGCAGGACACCAGCCAUGAAGAUGUGAAUUCAGACGGUGGCUCUGUGCUCCCAGGGCAUGUUAGAGCCAGGAGAUCUGCUGAGCACAAGACACACAAGAUUCAUCCUCCUGGUGCCUCGGGUGCUCGGAAAUCACUGCCUGGACCUGUGGCAUACCUAGGGCCUCAUCCGUCAAGGAGAAUCAAGAAGGAGGGAACUGGCCCAGCAGAUCCACCCUCCUGUGGCCAAAAGGGAGAAAUGGGAGCUCCAGGAGUCCAGGGAGACAAAGGAGAAAAGGGGCAGCCUGGGGAGAUGGGAGAACCUGGAGCAAAGGGCACCAAGGGAGAAAGAGGUGAAAAUGGUCAAAAGGGAGAACCAGGAAUUGGGUUCAGAGGUCCUGUUGGUCAGGCUGGGCCACCUGGACUUAAGGGUGAGCCAGGGGUCCCAGGAUCCCCAGGAGCUCAAGGCAUCCAGGGCAUUCGUGGCAACCCCAGCAUCCCAGGGUCACAGGGAAACAGAGGGGCUCCAGGUCUGCCCGGGAUGCCAGGACAGAAGGGUUUUGUUUUCAAGGGGGAGCGUGGGAAGAGAGGCCGGAAUGGACUUGCUGGACCCCCGGGACCAUCAGGAUCCCCAGGAAAGCAGGGGAUUCCUGGGACACCUGGACCCAAAGGCAACAAGGGAGAAGUUGGCUUUGGAGCAGCUGGACCAAGAGGACCUCAUGGACUGCCUGGCCCUCAGGGUGAUGAAGGCAUUGUGGGAAUCCGGGGUCCUCCUGGCAUAAUGGGUCUGAAAGGCUUCCCGGGUCCAAAAGGCGAAAGAGGUGAUCGGGGACUUCUGGGACCCAAGGGAGAAAGAGGUGAGCCCAUGACUAUUUUUGGACCCCAGGGCUAUAAAGGCAGUAAAGGAGAUCCUGGGGAACAGGGCCUGCCAGGUUUUGAUGGAGACAAAGGAGAGAAGGGAGAAGAUGGGCCUGUAGGAGAAAAGGGAGGCAAGGGUGAAGCUGGCUCCAAGGGAGUGAUGGGGCUUUUUGGAGCAAGAGGACCAGUGGGACAGAAGGGGGAGCCAGGAGAACCAGGCUUGCCAGGCUCUGCUGGUGCAGCAGGUCUCAAUGGGCAGAACGGACACAAGGGAGCCAAAGGUGACAGAGGUCUUCAGGGGGAGAAGGGGAAGCCGGGAGGAAAAGGUGAUGCUGGGACCACUGGUGACAUGGGACAGAAAGGAGCAAAGGGCUUACGAGGGCUUCCAGGACGCACCGGAGCUCCCGGAACCAAAGGCAUUAAGGGAGAACCUGGCAGUCCUGGAAAACCAGGGAUCCCAGGAUCAGAUGGACUGCAUGGACCAAAGGGUGAACAGGGAGCAUCAGGGGAUGAUGGUGCCUCAGGGAUUCCUGGAGAGAAAGGAGAAAAGGGGACCAAAGGAGUUCCUGGCUUGGGAGGCUUCAAAGGACAAAUGGGAUGGCCUGGGAAGACUGGAGUCCCUGGACCAGAUGGGCCUCAAGGGCCACAGGGUGAGCCAGGGCCACAGGGUCCACGAGGGAAAAGAGGGAAAUCUCAGCUCUGCCUUAGGGGACCACCAGGCAUGGAUGGGCAGAAAGGAGAAAGGGGUGAAAAUGGUCCCACUGGCCAGAAAGGAGAAAAGGGAGGUCCUGGUCUUUCUGAGGAAGAGGUGAAGGAGGUGGUGAGGAGCGAGAUGAGAGGCAGAUGUGGUUGUGGAGGUGAGUUGGGAAGGAUGCUCAUCGAAAGGGGUCUGGAAGCAGCUGAAAUCAACAGGCAGCUCCAAGGGGAUUUUCAGCCUUGGGAACAGACCAGAAGGGAUGGUGAAAGCCAGGAGGAAAUGCUUAACAAACCCCAGAACAUGACCACAUUGAUGACCUCCCUGAAGCCCUUCAUGAAGCCACCUUCACUUAUUGCAGUGGCUCCCCGGGCGCAGCAGAUAACGGGUCCCUCUCAGCACCAGCGCCAAGAAGCCCACUCUCAAUUACCAGAACCCUGCCUGCAGCCCAUGGACGAGGGCUCCUGCCAGCACUACACCCUGCUCUGGUAUUACCACGCAGAGACAAACGCCUGCCGGCCCUUUGUCUUCGGGGGAUGCCGAGGGAACAGCAACCGCUUCGAGACCAAGUGGAGAUGUGAGCAGCAGUGCAGAACCUCGGCAGCCAGAGGGAGGUGAUGAGCUGCAAUUGCCUUGUUUAAAUCCAAGAGGAACGAAGCUUGGAGAAGCAUUACCAGGACACCUCAGAGGCUAGUCAAGCAAGAGAACCCAUUUAACAUGAAGAGGCAAGGAAUGCCUAGAAGAUGGUGCUGGAAAACUCAUUAUGAGCAGGAAAUAAAGUGGUGCGAGGAGAGGGAAGCAUCUGAUUGCUCAGGAGAGCAGAGAUGUCCAGAGGGUCACAACAGCACCACUCAUCCAUAGAAGUGCUGUGCAAAACACAUACCUGGAGUUUAUUUUUGUAAAAUAAAAGUGGUUUAAUGCUGUUGUGUAUAA